CCAAACCCCAAAAAUCAGAUUAUAUCAAUUCACAACCAGAUAAAACUACAUGAACAUGACAUAUUUUCUAUUUUCAUUUUUCAUUUGUUGGGUAUGGGCCAUUGCAUUUGGAGUAUAAGAAUGGAUUGGAUCCAGAUUCAGGGUGGUGUAGGAGAACAGAAUGAGAAAAAAUGGAAGUGCAACAAGGAAGCAGUCCCUGAUCACAAACACUGUAAGAGGCACAUACACAGGGGAAAGCACCGUUCAAGAAAGCUUGUAGAAGCUUGUCAAGCAGGCACUCCUAGAGCUAUUGCCAGCACCGACCACCCCAUUUCUCUGCCAGUAGAUAGCAGCAGCAACAGCAAUUGUCAUCCCAAAAGUGUUUUGCAACUGCAAUGGGGUUAUCUAAAAUCUCACCCUUCUUUGUGAUUUAAGGACUUUGGAAGAAAUGAGGAUGAUUUUUCAUGACUCAAUGUGUACGCUAAGAAAAAAUUUACGAUUUU